CCUUCGAGCCUCUUGCUUUUGAGGGGAAGGAGGGCGCCGCCAUUUUGUCGGCAGGGAGGGAAAAUCCGCGGAAAUCCGAAAGUCCCCCUCCUCUUCCUCGCGCGGCACACGCAGGGGCUGGAAGUCACCGGCGCCGUCGUCGUCGUCGUCCUUUGGUCGGUUGUUCCCUCAGGCCUCGCGCCGACGCAACACCACGGCAGAAAUGUCAGAAUACAUUCGGGUUACCGAAGAUGAAAAUGAGGAACCCAUUGAGAUUCCUUCAGAGGAUGAUGGGACUGUCUUGCUCUCCACAGUUACUGCUCAGUUUCCAGGAGCAUGUGGUCUGCGUUACAGGAACCCCGUGUCUCAGUGUAUGAGAGGGGUCCGAUUAGUGGAAGGAAUUCUGCAUGCACCGGAUAAUGGCUGGGGAAAUCUGGUGUAUGUUGUUAACUAUCCCAAAGACAACAAGAGGAAAAUGGAUGAGGCAGAUGCCUCAUCAGCUGUUAAGGUGAAAAGAGCAGUACAGAAAACAUCAGAUUUGAUAGUUCUGGGUCUUCCGUGGAAAACGACUGAACAAGACCUGAAGGAGUACUUCAGCACAUUCGGAGAAGUUCUUAUGGUGCAGGUUAAGAAGGACAUCAAAACUGGCCACUCAAAAGGGUUUGGUUUUGUAAGAUUCACUGACUAUGAAACCCAGGUGAAAGUCAUGUCUCAGCGCCACAUGAUAGAUGGAAGAUGGUGCGACUGCAAACUUCCAAAUUCUAAGCAAAGUCCAGAUGAACCUUUGCGUAGCAGGAAGGUGUUUGUUGGGCGUUGCACCGACGACAUGACUGCAGAUGAGCUCCGUCAGUUUUUUUCCCAGUAUGGAGAAGUGGUUGAUGUCUUCAUCCCCAAACCCUUCAGAGCUUUUGCCUUUGUUACGUUUGCUGAUGAUCAGGUUGCCCAGUCCCUUUGUGGCGAGGACUUGAUCAUAAAAGGAAUCAGCGUCCAUAUAUCCAAUGCUGAACCUAAGCAUAAUAGCAGUAGACAACUAGAAAGAGGUGGAAGAUUUGGUGGAAUCGCCCCUGAUCUCCCAGCCAAAGUUGUCCAUGAGCUGCCAGUGGCUGCCAACUAUUUUCUUCCCUAUUUGCACAACAUUCCGGAAUGGAAGAAUGCCAUUGUAUGACUACCACAUAUGGAAAAAGGUAUACCUCGUUCCCCACCUUGCUCCCCACACCUCCUUCCAAUGCCGGGGGGGAAAGCAUAUUGUUUAUUCUGCUCAGAGUGUGGGGAAUGAGGUCCCAGAGGAACACUGUUUUUAAGGCAUUCUCUCUCAACUGGCAGAGACAGAUUUAAAUGGCGCCUUUCCCCUUCUACACCUCUAUAAAGUUUCAUCAGUGUUUAGUUGUAACUCCUGUUCCCAGACGACUUAAAAUCCAUUGUGAAUGCUUAUACUUUCACCCAACAAAAUGUUAUAGAUUGCUGAAACUGUACCCUUUCCAUUCUUUGUGGUCUGCUGAGCAAUAAAUGUCUCACAAGUUGAGAGGAGGUCUAGUGGCUCGGCUUGUUACUGGGUAUUGUUAUAAAAUGUUCGACUUGAUGUAAUUGAAACCUGGUAAUUGUAUUAUUCCUUAACAAGGUUUCUAACAGCUUGUUAGCUUUAGAAUUACAGGGAGGGGGGAAAAGUAUUUGACCCCCUGCUAAAUUUGCCCGUUUGCCCUCUGAUGAAGAAAUGACCAGUCCAUAACUUUAAUGGUAAGUUUGUUGUAGCUGUGAGAGACAGAAUAACAACAGGAAACUCCCAGAAACCCAGAAGACAAAAGUCAGAGAUUGAUGUGCAUUAUUUUUUUUACUCCAGAUUUUCCAAACUGUCGAGUUGUUAUUGAGGUAGGGGUUUGCUAUUGAUUCUGUUUCUAACUCCUCCCUCCCGAUGUAGUUUAAAUCCUCUAUAUAUUUUUACUGAAAUCUCUGCCCUUUCUAGACGCAACCAAGAUAGCAGAGCGCUUGCAGACUCUAGAAACUGAGCCUGUCCUGUCUCUCCUCUGGGUUCUGAGUUCAUGGGGACUCAAAUUAAGCCUUGUACUCUUAUGAUCUGCUACUGUAAGUCAGAAUCCAGCUCUGCAAGCUUUCAUCCCAAUCGUUCCAUCAUCAUAAAGUGGAGCAGAGGAGCAAACAUCACACUUGCAUUUGAUUUGUUGACUUGGCUUCCACACCAGACUUGGCAUCCAGGUUUUAAACAGAUGGAUGCUUUUGAUAGCAAGUCGUAACAUUGAAGCAUGUGGAAGAUGUGCCUUGGAGUGCCAAGUACCUGAUGGUCACAUAAAUACUUCAUGUGCAAACUCUAUAGAUCACUGCCUGAGAAGCCAGGCUAUGUAGUGCAAAAUUUCAAAGGAGGUAGGAUUCAGACUAACACUUGUGCCUGAUUUCAUAUCACUCACUCCCACACUCCCGCCCGCCCGCCUGCAACUUGGUUGUAUCCAACUAAGUCCUUCUCAGAGUAGAACCCCUGAGGUUAAUUGAACUAAAUUAGCCAUGUCUAUUAGCUUUGAUGGGCCUGCUUUUAAGCAAGGCUAGCAUUGGAUACAUUCCAUUGCUCCACCUAUUUCUAGGAGUUGUAGUCUGUUAAGGGUGCUGAGAGUUGUUAGGAGCCCCCUAUUCCCCUGCCAGAGCUACAGUUCCUAGAGUGAUUUAAGAAUCAAACCCUCUUCACAGGGAACUCUAGGAAUUGUAGCUCUGGGAGGGGAAUAGGUGUGCAGAGAAAACACUGAGGAAGAGUUAGAACAAAGCUUUGCUCCAAAGCUAAGCAAUUAAGGACACUGAAAACACAGGAUCCUUCAGUUUCAAGAAAAUGAUGUGUGAGUUCUGCUAUGCACAAUGGCAUUUAAUGGAAAACACAAAUUAAUUCACAACAGAAGAAGAUAUUGGGGCACUCAGAAUCAUUUGCCUAUGUGUGCGCAGAGAAAAAUAAAAGCUGUAGCCGAAAGGCAACACGUGGCGAUCUGCUUUGAUUGUUGCAAUGCAUCCCUAGUUAUUGUAUAAUUCUAAGAAUAUUGUAUAAUUUUUGAAGGUUGUAUAAUCUUAGAAGGGGGUGCAGUUAUGAAAGGGUGCAGUCAAGACCAGCCCAAUACAUUUUGCUGCCUGAGGCAAAGGAAAGAAUGACACCCCCCCCACUCGCACCUAUAGUUGUGUAUCCUACUUCAAUACUAGGAGCAUGGCACUGGACUGCCCCUGAAGGGAGAUCAGCAAGUUGGAGGUGGAGGGCAAGAUGCAAGACACAGCUCUCUUCUCCAACAGAAUGGUAUGGUUAAUGAGCUCAGGAUGAAGAGUUGAGGAGCACCACCAUCUCCCAGCAUAUGCCACCUGAGGCAAUCAUCUCACUGCCUAAUGGCAGGACUGGUCUUGGCUUCACCUGUAAGGCUAUGUGGCUGUGGCAAUCCAGUCAGAUGGGCGGCAUUUAAAUAUUAAAAUCACCCUCAAGGGGCUCUGCACUUCUGAAAGUUCCACUACCCUACCACUCACCACCUUCAUUUGGCAGGUCAAGGAGGAGAUCCAGACUGGCUGAGAGAGAGGCUGUUUCUUUCAAGUUUUCUUAAUCACUUUUCUCAGCCUUGAAAUGGAGGUUCUGUGGGUGAGUGGCAUCUCUCUAAUGGGAGUCGAUGUGUUUUCACAGAAGGACCAUAAUGGAAUCUGAAAGAUUUGAGAGCCAUCGUCCGUCCCCCCUCCGCCCAACACACACACUUUGCUGCUGCUCAAAACAACUUCUGAAGUGUAUAAUUGCAAUUUUGCACCUUCGAUGCAGAAGUUUUCCCAGGGAAUAUAUAUAGAUAUAUGAUGAAAAUGAAGUGUCACAGGCAGGAGGAAUAAGAUGGGCUUCAACUCCGUAGCUAUUGGGGAUUCUGUGUCACAAAAUGACUGUUGAUCCCGUUGCUGUUGAAAAGGAGCCUGUGCUAGGCAUGUGCUAGGUGCUGCUUGCUGGACUGCCAAAAGGAUUUGUGGGAGCUGAGCAAUCUAGGGACGCUUGAGGAACUCAGGACACACUCACCCCAUGCUUUUAAAGCACUACGAUACCACUUUGAACAGCCAUGGCUCCCUAGACUAGCAGCUAGACUAGUUUAAUAGUCAAUCCCUCUUUCCAGGGAAUAGGUGUCUCCUCAACUCUCAGCACCUUUGAUAAACCACAGCUCCCAGGAUUGUUUUGUUUUGUGGGAGCAGGGAACUAUGGCUGUUUAACGUGUUGUUGUUGUUGUUGUUUAGUCGUUUAGUCAUGUCUGACUCUUCGUGACCCCAUGGACCAGAGCACGCCAGGCACUCCUGUCUUCCACUGCCUCCCGCAGUUUGGUCAAACUCAUGUUCGUAGCUUCGAGAACACGUGGUAUAGUGCCUUAAAUGUAUGGGGUGAAUGUGUCCUCACUUAGUUCCUUUUAUUUCAGUGGGUCUAUGCUGAGUAAAACUUCAUUGGUGAUGAGCUAGUCAUAUUAAUACAAAUCCAUAGCAUAGCUGCCAAGUUUUCCCUUUUCUCGCGAGGAAGCCUAUUCAGCAUAAGGGAAAAUCCCUUAAAAAAAGGGAUAACUUGGCAGCUAUGAUCCAUAGGUGAGGGUUUGUGCUUUUCUUAGGAGACCCUCAUGGAGCUACAGUCUCCAGAGUUCCCCAUGAAGAGGGAUUGAUUGUUAAACCACUAUGGGAAUUGUAGCUCUGGGGUGGCAGACCCUCCAAGUAUUCCUAUUUUACCAGGGACAGUCCCGGAUUUACAGAAGCCACCCCAGUUUCUGAUUUGAUCCCGGAAUGUCCCACUUUUCCUUAGGCCGUCCCUGUUUUCAGCAGAGAAAUGUUGGAGGGUAUGGUGGGGGAAUAGGGGGCCUCUGAACAACUCUCAGCACCUUUACAAACUGCAGCUCCCAGAAUUCAGGGGGUGGGCGGGAGGCCAUUGCUGGUUAAAGUGGUAUCUGAGUGCUUCAAAUCUAUGGUGUGAAUAGUUUUGCCUCCCGCCCCCUCCCCCCUCUCCCGGUUUUAAAGUGGCCAAGAGAAAAAGCCAUUUUGAGUCAUCUGCUUCCCAUUUGCUGUGAAAGGGCUUUCCAUUCAUUCUCAUUAGGCCAUUCUCCAGGGUGUGGGUGGAGGGGGUCAGCCUUGGGCAGUUGCCCUGCAAGCUAGGCUAAGGAGCACCAUGUAGGGAGCCCGAAAGGCAUGCUAAGAGGCAUCAGGGGGCUAAAUUGAAAGAAUAAUGACUCGUCCAUUGGCAUGGCAGCUGCGACUAGGCAAACUUCACCACUGAUUUGUCAGAGGCAAUUUCUGGUCAUUACGGUGCUGUUAAGUAGAGCCCAGAUGAGAAGCGGGGAGAGAUUAAUCUGGUGUCAACAAGAAUGAUGGUCUAGCUGCUUCUUCUCCUCUUCUCUUUUUCCAAACCCCCCCUUUGUCCCAUCCCUGGUAGAAAAUGACACCCUCUUUCCACCCUCUUUCCACUAUCCAAAGGAGCAAACAUGCAUACACAGGGAGGAAUAAGCUUUUUGCUCCUUGAGAGGCAAAAAGGUGUUUGUGCUCGCUGCAGAAAUCUAAUAUGGUUACCCUCGGGAAUGAGUCUCUCUAGGGUAAGGAUGGGGGUAUCUGUGACCCUCCACUCAGGUCCUGCUUGAUGGCUUCCCUUGGGGGGCAUUUGGCUGGCUGCUCUGAGAACAGGAUGCUGGAUUAGAUGGGCCAACUGGGCUCUUCUUAUGGGUAUCUGUGGGAGAGGGGCUCUUGCCUUCAUGCUCUGCCUCUGGGCUUUCAGGAGGUAUUUAGUGGGCCACUGUGGGAACAGGAAGCUGGACUCCGAUGUUCUCUUGACCUGAUCGACCAGCCUCUUCUUAGGUUCUUAUGACUUUUAAGGAGCAUCAAGCAGCAGGCAGGGGCACUGCGGUUGUACUCUGCUUCUGCUUCUGGGCCACCCCACGAUUGGCUGCUUUGAGACUAGGAUGCUGGACCUCCGAGCUGAUCCAGCAGGGCUCCUCUUCUGGUCUUAUAUCAUGCCUGGAGCUCGCUCUGCGUGCAGCCUUUCAGAUCAGCAGGUUGUUGUUGUUUAGUCGUGUCCGACUCUUCGUGACCCCAUGGACCAUAGCACGCCAGGCACUCCUGUCUUGCACUGCCUCCCGCAGUUUGGUCAAACUCAUGUUCGUAGCUUCGAGAACAGAUCAGCAGGAUGACUUCGGUAAUAACCCAAGUCUCUUGUUUUCUCCUGCUCCCGCAAAAGGGAGACUCCUGUGUCAUCUGGAAAGCCUUUUGCUAUUCAGAUCCGGCUCUCCAGCCAUGAUACUGGGGGAAAAAUAACGCGAAGGGGCGCCCUUCCACCCUCCCUCCAUCCUGCUGCGUUCACAAGCUGCAGAAGUUUAUGUCUUUGUUGUGCACUUCCCUUUGGAUCCCUCGCCUGUGAUUCAAGCUGCAUUCCUGGGGACACUACACAGCCUUCCCCAGCUCAGCCCUUCCUGGAUUUCACCAACCCACAUCCUUGCCAGCUGAAUCCCGGCUCAGUGUUGGCCUGGAUUUUCUGUUUCUGCAAGCAGGCAGCUUUCCCCACUCUGCCAGCUCCCAGUGGUGGGUGGGUCAGGUAGUCUGCCCUCUCGCAGGCCUUGUGCUGAAGCACAGGUUAGAGAUCAGAUUCUUGGCCCCCCUCCCCUAUAAUUUUGGUAAUUCGUUUGCUCACCUGGGACUAUGACGAGUUUGGAAAUGGAUACAGUGAUGGGGAGAGAGGAAGUCUUUUCUCAGGGAAGGGUAAUAGCUCAGUGGCAGAGCAUCUGCUUUGCAUGCAAAAAGUCCCGGGUUCAAUAACCAGCAUCUCUAGGUAGGGCUAGGAGAGACUCCUUUGUCUGAAACUCAGGGGAGCUGCUGCCGGUCAAAAUUGACAUUAUUGAGUUAGAUGGAGCCAAUGGUCUGACUCGGGAUAAGGCAGCUUCCUAUAUUUCUAUGUUCAGUCCCCUUACAUAUUUAAAUGCUUCUAAAAACAUUUAACCUGAUACUAGCUGAGUUUUCUUAGAAUAAUAGAAUUGUAGAGUGGGAAGGGACCACAAGGGCCAUCUAGUCCAACCCCCUGUAAUGCAGGAAUCUUUUGCCCAAUGUGGUCCUCGAACCCACAACUCUGAGAUGAAGAGAAUCAUGCUCUACCAACGGGAGCUAUAACUGUUCAAUGAUCUGGAGAAAUUCACUUUGAAAAUGAAAGCAACUUGGGAGUGCAUAUUAAAAAAUAAAUAAAAAUUCUUCAGCAUUUUCUCUUCACAUGAAACUAGGCUGACUAUGCAAAAGCCCUAUGGCCCAGCACUGGGCAAAGGGAGGGGUGGGUCGGCACAAGGCUUCCGUCACCUUCAGUGUCAUCUGCGUUGGCUGCAAGGCUCCUGACCUCACCCUCGGCUGAUGAGCAAUUCCUACUAAUGUGACCACCUCCCCUCACACACACCACCCAUCUUCCUUUGCAAAGGGCACAUUUCUCAUUGGCACUUUGCUGGUUGUCAGGCUGCUUUUUUGAUGCAUCGUUGACUGCUGAAGAUUCUGGCUGUGCCUCUCAGGAGGAGGCUGCUGGAGAGCGUUCCCAUCCUUGCACUGGUUUCUGUGUAGGUUUUUAGGCAAGCAUGAUAGGGACAAGGGAAAAGUGGUGGGGAUGCUGCUGCUGCUGUUGGUGUGUGUGUGUGUGUGUGUGUGUGUGUGUGUGUGUGUGUGUGUGUAAUGUCCUUUGUCUUCAGCUGCUGGUUCAUUGUCCGCAGUGAAUUAACAUUCUGUGUGUUUCCUUUGUUGGCAUCAGUAUCGUUCACUUUGAUUGCAAACUCAGGUGGGAGAUGAAUGGCAAUGGAAUACAAAAAUUACAGUCAGUGAUAAAGGUAAAGGGACCCCUGACCAUUGGGUCCAGUCGUGACCGACUCUGGGGUUGCGGCGCUUAUCUCGCCAAGGGAGCCGGUGUACAGCUUCCAGGUCCUGUGGCCAGCAUGACAAAGCCGCUUCCGGCGAACCAGAGCAGCACACGGAAACACCAUUUCCCUUCCCACUGUAACAGUACCUAUUAUCUACUUGCACUUUGACGUGCUUUCGAACUGCUAGGUUGGCAGGAGCUGGGACCGAGCAAUGGGAGCUCACCCCGUCGUGGGGAUUCGAACCGCCGACCUUCUGAUCAGCAAGCCCUAGGCUCAGUGGUUUAACCCACAGUGAUAAUUGGAGCUUAAAUGCAUGUGAAAUAAGCACACCCUUUACAGUUCCAAUUAACCCCAGCCAGCAUGGUCAGGGAUGGCGGGUUUUGCAAUAUCAGGAGGGCCAGAAGUUAUCCCAGCCAUGGCUGAAAAUGUGUUCUUCCAUCCCUCCCUCUUCCUAGUCCUCGGGAUAUGCUUUGAAAGUCCCUACACUAUGUAUUUUUGCAGCUCUUUGCAGCUGCAACCCAGAUGUUGGGAAAGAUGAAACUUUGUCACACUAACACUAUACGUAUCUGAAGAAGUGUGCAUGCACACGAAAUCUCAUACCAAAAUAUAAACUUAGUUGGUCUUUAAGGUGCUACUGAAGGAAUUUUUUUAUUUUGCUUCGACUCAGACCAACACGGCUACCUACCUGUAACUAACACUAUACUUGUGAUUCCCAACAACUGGAAUUUGGAGGUGGGCUGCCUAUGGCUAAGGAGGGUCCAUUUAUUUCUGGUAGCUACCUUGGAAGGCCCUUCUCCCAAGCAUGGGGGAGGACGAGCAAUCUCUUUCAGCCUUCUGUCUGGAGAGGCUCAGAAAAGCCAGCCAACUUAAGAACUUAAGAAGAGCCUGGCUGCCGGUUCCAGCAGUCUAUUUUCACAGUGGCCAACCAGGUGCCUCUUCUGGGAAGCCUGAAAGCAGCACAUAAGUGCAACAGCUCCCUGCGACUAGUAUUCAGAGGCAGUAUGGGAUGUUAGGGGAGGGAUAGUAACUCUGGUGGGGGACGCAUUGUGCUCCUUCUGGGGUAGUUGGUCCACUUUAGGCCAUCACCCUGCACUCAGCUCUCACUCACCUAUGGCUCCAAGAAGCUGUUAGCAUGUGACAGUGGCCACACCCUGGGAAUGUCUUUGAGUGGCCGGCUAAACCAGGUGAGGGGUAUCUGAUGGGUUUCAAACACUCUCUGAGUUAGGGACUUCCCCUGCACGUGAAGACAGUCUCUGGAGAAUUGAGCGGACAAGACCAACAUGCUGUAGAGGGAAGUGGGGGGCAGAUGGGUCUCAUCAACCUGGGAAGAAAGCCCUAAUGUUGUUGUUUAGUCGUUUAGUCGUGUCCGACUCUUCGUGACCCCAUGGACCAGAGCACGCCAGGCACUCCUGUCUUGCACUGCCUCCCGCAAUUUGGUCAAACUCAUGUUUGUAGCUUCGAGAACACUGUCCAACCAUCUCGUCCUCUGUCGUCUCCUUCUCCUAGUGCCCUCAAUCUUUCCCAACAUCAGAGUCUUUCCCAAGGAUUCUUCUCUUCUCAUGAGGUGGCCAAAGUAUUGGAGCCUCAGCUUCAGCAUCUGUCCUUCCAGGGAGCACUCAGGGCUGAUUUCCUUAAGGUAAGGAAAGCCCUAAUAGAAGAAGGAAAACUCUGAUCCUAAACCUCUGCUGCCUUGAGGGAUAUCUUCGGGAGAAGAAAAGACUAAUGCAUAAACCUUCACAAAUCUGGAGUGGAGUCCCUAAGAUGAUUGUACGCCUCCUCCCAGCAAGUCCUGCAGCCUAGCUGGUGCCAAAUGUAUGGCUCUGCUUUCCUUUGGACCACAUCAGUGAGGCCGAGAGGGGGUCUUGUUGUCUGAGCAGCCCAGGACCUUCAUACACACUGCCCAGGCCCACACCCCAGGAAGGUCACUUUGGUGCUGCUAAUGCAGCAGUUUGGCUUCACCUGCAGAAGCGUACUCCAUUGUCCUGUGAGACAAAUGGAGUCCAACUGCCUUGGAAAGUAGAGCAUAGCCAGAGCUGAUAGCCUUUCCCUCCUCCAUGAAUUUGUCAUGUCUUUUAAAGCCAUCUCAUGGGAGCAAAUGUUAUCAUUAUACUCUGUGCAUUUUGAUCCGUCCGGAAUCCAAGCCGGGAAGCAGGCUUUCGAAGGUCAUGCCGCGGUAGUAAGGAAAAAUAAGAAAAAAACAAAUAUCAGGUCAUAUUCCCAAAGCACCUAUAGGUCAUGCUUUAUUUGUGGAUGGAACCAUCAUGAAACCAAAAGUUUGAAACAUUUGAUGAAGAUUUUUUAUUUCUUAAAAAAAAGUGAGAGAGCAAAAGAUGGACAGAUGCUUUUCAAAACAAUGAUGCACAGUGUGGGGAAGGGCCUGUGUCUCAACUGCUCCCUUGUUUCCAUGUCCCUUUCAACAGUCCUGUUUGAUCUGCAGAGACUGACAUGUGGCCGGUUAUUUUCUGCUGCAUGCCAGCUAAAAGAAAUCCAGUUUAGGCAUUGUCCCUAAUAUUUUUAUAUGCUUAUUCCCCAGUAACAUAACACAUUUUUAAAUGCACACUUUGCCCCAAUAUAAUGUAUUUGCAAGAAUUCUUGGCUGGAGAACUGCAUUUCCAAAAUUCAGGGAAGUGCGUAUUUUGAAAGACGACUGUGUUUUGGGUCACACAUUGUUUUGGAAAGUGCAAAUUAGAGCUGCUCUGGGCGGAGUUAAUGUUGGACACAAUUUAUUAUCAUUGUUAUUUUUUUAGAGCAUUGUCCAGCCAAGAAGGCUUCCAAGAACAGCUUUCAUAGAACUAAUUAGAACAAGGCAAUCCCUGCCCUCAGGCUUACAGUCUUAAAUACAUAGCACAAAAGGAAAGAGGGACUAGGGGGGAGGUGGAAGAGCUGCAGAUCAAACCUCUCUUAAAGGGACAGGAGCAGGCCAGGCCUAUGAAUCUCCACCCACCCCUGCCACCAAGUUGGCAACCCUACACAGCGAGAGAAGAGUUGGAGCCACGCCCCCCGAUCCAAGAGCAAAGACAAGGGGAAGGCUAGGGAAUGAGUGCUUGGUGCUGGUGUUGUUAGCAAGCAGUGAAAGUUUUCCAGAAGAAGUUUUUACAGGGGGCUUUGCGAUCCCUCUGGGUGAGCUGCGGCAACC